AUGACGGCCUCGACCGAGUCGUCCAACGCCAACGCCAACGGCGGCAAGGCAGACGUCAAGAUCCUCAUGCUUCACGGCUACACCCAGUCGGGGCCUCAGUUCCGCGCCAAAACCCGCGCCCUGGAGAAGCUCCUCGCCAAGGCGCUGUCCCCCGUCUCCCUGCGCCCCGUGCUCAUCUAUCCCACCGGUCCCUGCCGCCUCCUGCCGCAGGACAUGCCGUCCUACGAGCCGCCGUCGGACCCGGCAGCCGAGGCGGACGCCUACCAGCCGGACGCGUGGGCGUGGUGGCGCAAGGACGACGCGUCAGGCGAAUACGUCCACCUGGACGAGGGCAUGGAGGCCGUCGCCCAGGCCAUCCGCCAAGCAGGCGGCAUAGACGGCGUCUGCGGGUUCAGCCAGGGCGGUGCGGCGGCGGGCAUCGUCGCCGCGGCGCUCGGGGGAGCCGUACCCGCGGGACCGGCGGGCGACUGGGUACGGGAGCUGAGGGAGGCCAACGGCGGCAGGGCCGCGAGGUUCGCCGUGUCCUAUUCUGGCUUCUGGGCGACGCCCGAGUCGUUGCGGUUCUUGUAUAAGCCCAGGAUACGCACGCCGUCGCUGCACUAUCUCGGCGGCCUGGAUACGGUCGUCGACGAGAGCAGGAGCCGGGCCUUGGUCGAGAGGUGCGAGGGCGCGACGACGCUGGUCCAUCCCGGUGGCCAUCAUGUGCCCGUGUCCAGGGAGUGGGUGAUGCCUCUGGCCGCGUUUAUCAAGCAGCAUGUUUGCGAUGCAGCGCCCAAGGCUGAGCUGUGA